GGUGCUUUCGAUAGCUGCGCAACAUGGCCUUUCCGGCAAUUUCAAACUAACAAUACUAGUUUGCUCAACAAAUCGAUAUCGACCAUUUCUUUCGUGUUCAGAUUUGUUUUUCAAUAUAAAGUGCGAAUGGAUAUACUCUGCGUUCGACUAAAAUAACAGUUCCACCCGGAUUAUUCAUUUUCAUCAGGAUCUAACAGAAUUUGCACUAGUGUUAAAUGCUUGUUCCCAUAAGAUUUUUAUUAUUUACGGAAAAUCAUUUAUGAACUUCUUCAGUCAAUUUCUGGAACUGUGGAACUCACGCUUUCCUGGAGAUAACAAAGCUCCUCAACUGGAUUGUUUGAAAGCUGACCAGUUUAGUUCUGUUGCUGAUCAGAAGCGUGCUCUGGAGGAAUAUUCGUGUAAGUUGUCAAUGACAAUCGAAGAACACAAACAAAAGAUCGACUAUGACUCUUUUACAAAAGAAUAUUUACAGAAGUGUAUACAAAAGCUCGGUGCUAUAUCACAAGUUUUCAGUGAGAUCGAACAUGUUGGUCCUAAAGUAUCUGGAAGUUCUAGCAGUCAGCUUUCGAACAUAAGUAAUUUCCCCGGUGAUAUUUCGAGCAAUAUAUUUUCUCAAAAUACAACACCCUGCUUCACGAACAAUCCUUCUAAUUUCUCUCUACUUCCACAAUGCAUAGCAUCAAGUCUUAUCAACUCAGCAUCGCCACUUCUUGCAGCUGUAGCAACGUCUACUGCCCCUUUUUUAUUCCCCUCGACGUUGACACACUUUUCUUGCCCAGAUGUAAUCAAGUCUGAUCCGGAUCAAGUUUCACAAUCCAAUAGACCACGUGGUUCAGGGGAUCAUUGUCUUGUUCAAAAUCAUGAACACCAGUCAUUUGAUCUCACCCCAUCUCCUAUUCACAACAACUUGUUUUGUUCCGGGACAAAUUAUCCUCCUCCAACGGCAUCUCGACCUCUACCCCAUGAAACAGGAGGCUGUGUUAAAUCUGACUACUCGGGCAGAUUAAACGAUGGUUUAACAGGAUCAACUACGGAUGCUCAGGCGGCAGCUGCUGCCGUAGCUGCUGCUUUUGGACUCAAUUUUACUGGUGGUGGCCCACUUACUGGCAACAACAAUGUGAUGGGCUUUAAUAAACAAAGAAAUCAGUCUGGUUCCAGUCUUCUCCAAAUCUCACCAAUGAGUUCUAUCAACGGUGUAGAUGGAAAGGAAGAAGAUAGUUCAAUCGAGCGUCCUUUCCAGUGUAUGACAUGUUCAAGAAGUUUUUCUGUCAAGGCGGGUUUAGUACAACAUAUGCGCACACACACAGACGAGCGGCCAUAUCCAUGCAUUCACUGUGGAAGAGCUUUUAAGCAAAAAAUCCAGCUCACCACACAUAUGCGUGUACAUAGUGGUGAGCGUCCUUAUGGUUGCCGUUUAUGCGGGAAAUUGUUCAGGCAGCAAAGUCAUGUGGUUCAACACCUACGAACUCAUACAGGAGAAAAGCCACAUAAAUGCUAUCAAUGCGGUAAAGCUUUUCGUCAAAAAUACAGCCUCAUUUCCCAUCAGCGUCGCAUGUGUCGCAAUCGCUCCGCUUCUAACCCUAUCGCAGCAGGAAUGACCAUGUGGAUAAGUCCAGGAGUAGAUGGCGAUACUGGUAAUCUCAUUAAGGAAUUCUCCCCUAAUAAAGGCAAUUCGUCGAUUGCAAGUCCGAAUGCCUCAUUGUCAACUCCGAUCUCAGUUAUGACGUCUCUCCAAUCACCCCCAUCUCCUUUUCCUUCCUCACCGGUGUCUAAUACGCACGCACUUCCGCAAAACCAGUUUCAAACUCCAGUUAACAUAAACGGUGAUUCACAUCGGGAAAAUCCAGUUGCAACGAGAUCCCGUUGCAAUUCUCUGUCAAAGAGCAAGUAUGAAUUACACGAUUGGUCUCGUUCUCUUUCAAGGCAUCCAUCACGUCUCACAUCAGAAGAUGAUUCUAUCCAUAGUCCUAGAACUUCAAGGUCCGGCGCAUUGCAAGGUCAUGCCCCAAUGGGACUUACUUAAUAGAAGUCAUGAAUACUCGUAAUUCAUAAUGAUUUAGAAUACAUAUAAUUUAAUUUUUUUGUCGAAUUAUCAACAUUUUAUAUUAAUAAUGAUCUGUUUUACAUAAUUUUACUAAACCUACAGCUGUUAUAUGCCAAAGCACAUAUUGGAUGCAAUGAAUUUCGCCUUUUUAAAAGAUUGUUGAGGCACCUACUCGAACACUUUCACCCAUGAAAAAACAAUUUUGAUUAUUUUGUCACUGUCUCAUUCUUUUGCUUCCUACUGUUAUAAUAAUGAUUCUUACCAUUUCUGUUGUAUCUAAGCAGAACUGCGUAAAUUAUUUUAAAUAUCUUCUGUUCACUCUCCAAACUUUCCACCCAUAAGUGGAUUCCAACCACUCGCGCUACGAAAAACCUGCUUCUAUUUUGUAAAGUGCUUUCAAAAUCUUUUUGCCUCACUGUUUUUCCCAUCAUCAAUUGAUUGAAAAUGUUUCAGCCAAGAUACACAAGUUUCAUCGAAUUAUUUAUUAUAAUGGAUGAAAAUUUGAACAAAUCAGUUUAAGUUUCGAUAUUUUUGAUUAAAACAGUGCAUUUAUUUGUGAGCUGUUUCAAAAGAAAAAAAAACAAUACAGAAGAGAUAAAAGAAAGUUUCUCCUAUUUUUGUAAGAAAAAAGAAAGAAAAGAAAAGACAAUUUCAUUAAACACGAAUAUAGAGUAAUACAAAGAAGAAAAACUGAAAACACAAUAAUGACACUAAAAAGAAACGUGAACACAAAAGAAAGAAAGAAAAAAAAACAAAUUUAAAACAACAAUCUCUUUUUAUCACAAAACUAACAGAUACAUUAAAACAAACUUUAUUAAUGAAUGUAUGUUGCUGUGUAAAGUAUACUCAUGUAUGUAUAUGACAUUUCCGAAAAAUCUUUACUUUCAUA